AUGGGCUUCUUCUCCAGUCUGUCCCACUUUUCCUUCGAUGUUGGGAUCAUGUCUUGGGAUGUGCUCCUCACGCUCUCCAACUUUGUGAGAAGGAAGCACCCCAUCGGUGAUGUCACUCCUGAGGGCCACCCAGGCUAUGGAGGGCACUGGCCCGAGUUUAGGCCCCCCCAGGAGACCGACUCCCGCUGCUCGUGCCCCGCAUUCAAUGCGAUGGCCAACCACGGUAUCAUCUCGCGCAGCGGCCAUGGGAUCUCGUUUGUCGAGCUUAACGACCAUCUACGGGCAACCUACAACUUUAGUCCUAGCUUCUGUUCCUUUGCGCUGCACUUUCUCGCUCGUAUGCUUAAAAAAGACUACAACAAGGAUACCUUUGAUUUAAAGGAAAUUGACCUACACAAUGGUAUUGAACACGACGCGUCUUUGUUACGCCUCGACUCUGCUUUUCAACCGGACCAAUCGAUAAAGCACAUACCUUUCAUCGAGGAGCUGCUUGCGACGGCUACUGGCAAGGACAAGAACGGCAAUCAUAUUAUCACCACCAAAGACAUUUCCAGGUUGCUCGGCAAGCGUCGCGCAGUAUCCCGUGCAGUAAACAAAGAUUUCUCUCUCAAAUUGUUCCACAAGAUAUUUGGUAGCGCAAAGUAUGAUGUCACGUUAUUCAUUUCCAAGCACACUUCUAAGCGUUCUGUCAGUGCCUCGACCUUGGUCACGAUCUUUGGAGGACGUGUAGAUGACCUGCGCAGCUUUCUUCUUGACGAGCGGAUCCCAGAGGGCUGGGAGUCGCGCAUCCGCCAACCUUAUGGAACAACUAUUAUAAACUUUAACAAGACUACACUGGCAACUGAAUUCGGCGUGCACGAGAAGUAUUGGGCGCAAGUGGCACGGGAGGCUGCAGAAUCUCAUGGUACCACUCCGAGUCUUGGUUAAAGUACUCAUGACGUGGGUAACUCAUCUGAUGCCACCAUCGCAAACGCAUAUUUAACACAUAUGUCUUCC